AGCAGUAUGGCGGCAGUUUCCACAUGUUACAUCAGCAGCGGAUGUAAUAGAAGUCCUCACAGUGCCGAUUGGGGCCGAAGUGGUUUGAUUUGUUACUCAACAUGUCAUGCCGUCGCCAUCUACCAACCACAGGAACGUGAUGGCCAUGCGGCCAGGGUGCUGUGUACUUUAACUGGCCACAAAAACAAGGUCAACUGUGUGACAUGGGUGAGGAGGGCAGACAUAACAGGAACAGAUGGAGACGAGUUGCUUGUAUCUGGUUCAGUCGACACUACGGCUAUUGUAUGGCAGGGACAGCAGGGUCAGUACAAAGCCAUUGCAACACUGAAGGGCCAUACUGGUCCCAUCAAUUCCGUGGCAGCAUUGACCAUCCCAGCCGGUAACACAGAUGAUUCGCCCUCCACCUAUGUAGUGACAGCUUCUGCAGACUCCCAGGUGAAGAUCUGGAGGAGCACAGGUGCUGCUGAAUACUUACUGUUACAGACAUUGUCAUAUGGUACUGGGUUUGCCCUUGAUGUGGCGUUAAGUCUCAUCCCAAAAACAGACAUACCAAUGCUGGCCUGUGGCUGUGAUGACCAGAAGGUCCACCUCUAUGCGCUUCAGGAAGACCAGUUUACAAAAGCCAUCAUUCUGCAAGGUCAUGAGGACUGGAUAAGGGCGUUGGACUUCACAACAGAUGGUAAUUUUUUUUUAAUAUUUUUAAUAUUUUUCAAAAAUGCAAGGGUUGUCCCAGAUCAUCAGAUGGUGAGACUGACCGAUCCUGGUCAGUUAAAGUUUGACCUUGACCUGAGUUUUAAGGGUACAGGUGGCCCCAUGACCUUUGCCCUCAGUUUGGAUUCUGUCCUGAGCGGUCAUGAAAAUUGGAUUUACAGUGUACGGUGGCAGCCCCCAAAGAUAACGGAUUCAGGUUACCAACAGCCAAUGCGUCUACUGUCAGCGUCUAUGGAUAAAACUAUGAUUCUGUGGAAACCCGACCAGGACACGGGGGUGUGGGUGGAGGAGGUGCGAGUUGGAGAAGUGGGCGGUAACACACUUGGUUUCUAUGGCGGUAUGUUCAGUCCCCAUGGAGAUGCCAUCAUUGCUCAUGGUUACCAGGGUGCAUUUCAUCACUGGUCACAUGACAAGAUCGGCGAGACUUGGCAACCAAUUCCCACUACGAGUGGUCACUUUGGUGAUGUCCAGGACUUGUCCUGGGAUCCAAGUGAUGGUCAGUAUGUGGUCAGUGUGAGCCUGGACCAGACCACAAGACUUCAUGCUCCUUGGGUCAGAAGUGGACAACAGACUUCCUGGUUUGAAAUAGCGCGACCCCAGGUACAUGGAUACGACCUACAGUGCCUAGCACUGGUACACAAGUACAGCAUGGCCACAGGUGCUGAUGAGAAGGUCGUCAGAGUGUUUGAAGCACCGACGAAUUUCAUCCAAAAUUUCUGUAGUAUCUGUGGGACAGACCUAAACAAAGAACUACAGAAAGAGGUGGCUAAGAAUCGUCCAGAUGGAGCCAGCGUGCCCGCUCUAGGUCUAUCAAACAAAGCUGUGUUCAGUGAGCAGGGCAAACUGCCUGUUCCUGCAGAAGGUGAAAUACAGCCACACCCUAAUGACCAGUACCCAGAGGUCUAUUUCCAGUCUGUUCACAUGAAAGAACCACCAACAGAGGAACAUCUUCUACAAAACACCCUGUGGCCUGAGACACAGAAGCUCUAUGGACAUGGCUAUGAGAUUUUCUCACUGGCCUGUGACCCCCAGGGUACUGUGCUGGCGUCCGCCUGUAAGGCAGCUAAGGCAGAGUUUGCUGGUGUGAUAUUGUAUGAUACAAAAACCUGGUCACAGCAAGGUACUCUGGAGGGUCACUCACUGACCGUCACUCACAUCGCAUUCUCUCACAGUGGUCAGUUUCUGCUGACUGUGUCCCGGGACCGGACUUGGGUUCUGUAUAAAAGGAGAAACAAGGAUGCUACUGAUACAGAGCCACUAUUUUCCAAGAUGGCUGCCACAGACAAGAAAUCUGCCGUCCACACCAGGAUCAUCUGGUCAUGUGCCUGGUCACAUGACGACAAGUACUUCUUCACUGCAGCCAGAGAUAAAAAGGUUCUAGUAUGGAGACGACCAGACCUUUUCUCACCUGGAGGAGACAUGGUAGGAAAGCCAAUCGGAAUGAUAGAUGUUGGAGAGUCGGCUACAGCAGUGGAUGUGGCACCAGUACAAAUGUCAAACAACAGAUAUAUGGUGGCUGUAGGAUUGGAGAAUGGCUCCAUACACUUGUACACUUGGAACGUUACAGACAAUGAUCAAUCCUCUGUUUGGAAGAGCUUUGGUCAACUAAAUGUCCAUCACCUGACAGUAAAGCAGCUGAGGUUUCGUCCAUGUUUAGGUAGAGCAGGUACCCAGGAAGCUGAUGAAUCAUGGCUUCAAUUGGCCAGCUGUGGGGCAGAUCACGGAGUCCGUAUCUACGACAUAGACCUCACAAAAGUUUGACAGUGGUUGCAUCUGCCUCAUCAACCACACGAAAGUUUGACAGAGUCAAGAUCUGCAAUAUGGAUCAUCUCUGAAGAGCUGCAUCUUCAAUAUAGACCUCCUUUAAAAUCUAUUGAAGCGACAUCUUGAAGAUAGACUGCACAAAAGUCCAUCAAGUACCGCGUCUACGAUGUGUAAAUCAAGCAAUUUGAUACAAGUCCCAUCUAGGAUAUAGACCUCGCAAAAAUCUAUAUUGAUAAAGACCGUGACUUUUGAACAUUUGACUGCUGCAACCCUGAUGUCUAGGAUAUUUCUUUUUUGGUUAGAAAAUGUGUAGUGUACUUUGUAAAAAAAUGUGCAUUUCAAAUAAAUCUGUGAUAAUAUAUAUGAA